AUGCUUGAAAUACGAAUAUCUGGUGAAAAUUUUUCAUCAUCAUCAUCUACUAUAUUAUCUUCAUCAGAUACGAAUGAAGAUAUUCAUGUAAUAUUAAGUUCAAAUGGUAGAUUAAAAAUUAUUUCAUCUCUAUGGACUUCAAUAUUUACUAAUACUCGUUUACGUUGUUUAUCAUUAAUUGAUCUUCAAUUAUAUGAAAGUGAUGCUCAAAUAUUAGCUGAAUAUUUACGUAAACAAAUUUAUUUAAUUGAAUUAACUUUUGAUUCAGUUCUUUUACAUGUUUAUUCAUUUGAUCAAAUUCUUAAUGAAGGUUUAAAAAAAAAUAAAAGUAUACAAAAUUUAAUAUUAACUAAUUUAAAUAAUAUUGAUGCUGCAACUAUUGCUAGUCUUAUCAAACAUAAUAAUACUAUAAAAUAUUUAUCUCUUACACAUAAUAAUAUUUCAUCAGAUGGAGGAGCACUUAUUGCUGAUGCAUUACGAACAAAUUCAACAUUAAUUUCACUUGAUUUAAGUGAUAAUCGUAUUGGUGAACAAAUAACAAUUGAAUUUACAAAAAUUCUUAAUGAAUCACAUCCAAGUCUUACACAAAUUAUUCUUAAUAAUAAUAAUAAGACUAUUGAUGAACAUUUAAAAACAAUAGAUAUUGAAUAUAUACCUGAAACUGAACCUAUUUUAGAUGAAAAUAAACAUAUAAAUAAUGAAGUACAAUCACAAUCUAAAACUAAAUCUGGUCUUGUUCAAUCAGCUUUUUAUAUGGGUUAUUUUAUAUGGGCUUUACCUGCAGCUAUUAUUCUUCGUCGUUGGGGUUAUAAAACUGGUAUUAUUAUGGGUUUAAUUCUAUUUGGUACUGGAUCAUUUCUUUUCUGGCCAGCAGCAUAUAUUGGAAAAUAUAUAUUUUUUUUAAUUUCUCUAUUUAUUAUUGCAACUGGUUUAGCUUUUCUUGAAACUGCAGCUAAUCCAUUUAUAGCAAAUGCAGCUGGACCUGAACAUUCAUCAGAAAAACGUCUUAAUAUAGCACAAGCAUUUAAUCCAUUAGGUGCUAUAAUAGGUGUACUUUUUGGAACAUUAUUUAUAUUUUCUGGUGUUGAAUUAAAUGAAAAACAAAUUGAACAAAUGCGUAUUAAUAAUACAUAUGAUAAUUAUUUAAAAACUGAAACAUUACGUGUUAUUCGACCAUAUGUUAUAAUUGGUGGUGUUGCAUAUUUAUGGGCUUUAUUUAUUGCUAUUGUACCAUUUCCAACUAAUACAAAAACAAGAAAAAAUCAAGAAAAUAAAAAAUCUGAUGGAGUAAAUACUCUUUGUCGAGGUUUAUUUUUAUUUUCUAUUAUUGCACAAUUUGCUUAUGUUGGUGCACAAGUUGGUACUUGGUCAUAUUUUAUACAAUAUGCUCAAGAUUAUGUUCAAGUUGGAGAAAAAAUUAGUGGUUAUUUAUUAACUGGUACAUUAAUUAUGUUUGCACUUGGCCGUUUUAUAGCUGCUUUACUUAUGCAUUGUGGACUUUCAUCAUCAAUUCUUUUAGCUACAUUUGCUUUUAUUAAUGUAUUACUGAUUGUUAUUACUGUUCUUAUGCCAAAUAGAAUUGGACUUGUAGCACUUUUUAUUACAUCAUUCUUUAUGUCACUUAUGUUUCCAACAAUAUUUGCUUUAGGUAUUAAAGGUAUGAGUGGACAUACAGCGAAAUUAGCUGGUUGUCUUCUUAUUAUGGCAAUAAUUGGUGGAGCUAUAUUUACACCAUUGAUGGGUUUGAUUUCAGAAAAAACUGAACGUUUGGCUUUGGCUUACACAUUACCAGGAGGAGCAUAUUUUAUUGUUGGUCUUUAUGCUCUUUUUGCUUAUGUAUUGACGAUGGAAAGAAAUGUACAGUCAUAG